CCACCCCAGCCCCUCCUCCCGUUCCAACGCGCAAUCUGCCACCACUAACACAAUGUCGCUCAUGGGCCUGCCAACCGAACUUCUUCUGAUGAUUCAACACGAGAUCAGGGACGACCUGCUAGCUCACGUCUGCCUCAUGAAGCUCAACACUCGGACGAGGGCCUUGUACAACGCGUUCGGGACGGACUUCUGGAAAAUGCUCUGUCGGAGAAAUGGCCUGGGGACGCUCGCUGGUGACAGCGUCGGAGCUGGGCUGUAUCAAACGAUUGCUGUAGAAUGUGCCGAGCACGCCUGGGUGUGUGAACACCCAAGUUGCGGGACGGCGCGCCUACUGGAGAACGCACAGUCUAUAUCAAACGCUCGCUUGGAUGACCCCACCUGCUCCCCAACACGGACCCUACGUGACGAAGACCCUUACAUCCUCACGCCGAAUGGUAUCUUCCGCUGUAUGGCCUUCCGCGGAGGGGAGUUUGGUGCUCCGUGUCACACCUAUGUCACCGCCGAAGCGUACGAUGGCCAGGACAUGCAAGACACGGACGCUUUAGAGGCUCACCCAAUUGUCAUGCGCACCUUCGCGACGUUCCCGCCCUGCGCCAACAUGCGAUUCUUGACGUUCGACAAUGUACCCACGGCGUCCAAUAACGAUGGCGUUACUGUUUUUGACGUCAUGAAAUCCGCCAAAAGCAUAAUGUCCGAUAUUCCGACAACCGAAAAUAUCUUUACGUGGCUCCGGCGAAACACCUGUGGGGAUACGUCAAAGGUAUUUCCACAGGCAUGGUCUAUCGUAGACAUGUUUGAGUCCGUUACCUCGAUCGUCGGGUGGUUCAGAGUUGCGAGAUGGAUCGGUUUCGCCUACGAAGGUUCAAACAAGUUUGCUUUUCGCUUUGAGCCCCGACGGCUGCCCGAUGACCCUUCCGAAAUUAGCCAGUAA